GCAUAGCCAGAGCCACUCCUAGUACAACGGACGAGCGUUAUCAGAGUACUUCUUACCGUGAAAGUCCUGCCGCGAAUUUACGCAAUUCUCGAUAAGAAACACCUUGUGCAAUCUUGAAGGCAGCAAGACGUUUCGUGUCCGUGUAAAUGAAAAUGGAAAAUGUUAAAUGAAAAUGAAAAUGGAAAUUGAAUUAGUGAUGGCAGGAUUUUGCUGAAACUGAUUACUUGAUAGUACAGUGAUCGUAAUAUGUUUAAAACAAAGUGAAAGCCUAACUUAAAAUUGUGCAGAUACUUUAAUCGAGGGAUCAAAGUUUCGGGAUACGAGCAAAAUUGUGCCAUCGUUGUGAAUCAAUUUAUUUUAUUGCCUUUAAUGAAGCUUGUGCACGAAAUUGCUUUGUUUUUCUCCCAUCGAGAGAAUAUCCAAAUGUGAAAAUGUGAAAAUCGUUUGGCCAUAAUUUUCCAUAAAUUGCGAAUUUCGAUUCCUAGGGGUCAGCGACAAAUCAGCCUCGAACGAAAAUUUGAAUCGCCUAGCGACGAUUCAGCGAAAUUAAUAUCCUCGCAAGGCCGAAGAAUAAUAUGUGUGUGGUGUUUGGUGUUUGGUGUUUGUUGUGUUGUUAUCGAAACUAUCCUUAGAAAGGACUGCGUAAAUAAAUUGUAAGAAAAGCCAAGGCUGUUUGAGUGAUAAAUAAUCGAAAGAAAUCGAAUUGAAUCGCAUCGAAUUGAAUGGAAUGUAAUCAAAAAUUGUGUGUGUGCUAAGGAAGCCAGAGUUUCCAGUUGGCAAUUGAAAAUAAUUUUCAAAUAAUACUGAGAAAGCAGCAAGCUGACAAAGCCGUAUAAACCUGUUUGUGUUUCUAGCAUUACGUAUUGCGAAUCAGAAGAAGAAUUUGUGGCCGCUUAAUGCGACAUUUUGACAGUGACACGUGAAGGGAUAACAGCGAAAAAGGAUAAUACGUUCAACUGCGGAAUUUGCGUGACGUUGAUUAAAUGAAAUCAGCCCGAAUAUUAUGCCAUAUAGACAGGCAAAUCUGAAUAAAUUUGGAUUACAAGACACCUUCUAAAUGAUAACAUGAGAGUGGAAGCGAACAAUCCACUUUCACUGUGGAAGUAUUUGAAAUUACAAUUGUGGCCGUAAAGACAGAAAAACUGACGGAAGGAGAAUUAGUUCAACUACAGAUUGCGAAGUGCUUGGAAUUUUGGCAAAAGGACGACGACGAAGGCCAAAGCUAAAGAGCAAAACAAUCAAAGGAUCAAAUGCUUAUGUUUAUGCAAAAUAUACUUAACAUUUUGAAGGCAACCUAAACGAGAGAGAGAGAGAAGAAAAGCUGAGAUACAUUCAGUCAAUUGCGUUUUUGGGCCUCGAGUUUUGGGUCUAUUCGCCAUAUGCUCUGAUGCAGCUGUUGUGCCAAAGCUAAAAGCACCAAUCGAAGCGUAAGAAAGCACACUUCCAUUAAAAAAAAAGACGGACAAGAAAAAAGGAGGAGCUCGAGACUCUAAUUGCAGAUGAGAGAGAAAACGGAGGAGUAGCCAAGUAAAUUGCAGGACUCGCACUUAGAGCAUCUCGAGUUAAUAGAGAAAUCCUUUGUCUAAGCGGAGUAACUGACCGUAGCCCCUUCCACGCCCCCAAAAAGUGCCUUCGCCCCACGGCGAAGGUUUCGCGAUGGAGCCACAGACCCGGACUCGAGCCCGGACUCGUCUAGGAGUCACACUAUUGGCCUUGAUAUUGGCCGCAUCCUUCGACAGCGCGCUCUGCGGCGAGAAAUUGGCUCUUUUAUCGGCCACACUGCGCACAUAUCAGAAAGCGGCCUGUGAUACGGAUCAGGUGGUAAUUGCUUGCCCGCGCGGCACCAGCAUCUCAAUUGAAUUUGCACAGUACAACAAGUUCGUGGCGAAAGAUGGCUACAGCAUCGAGGAGCUGUGCCCCAUCGCCGGCACCGUUGGCCCAGAGAUACGUGGCAAGGCAAAGCAUUUGCUGCGCGGCUCCAUCUUCGGUUCCUCCACGCAAAAGGUGCCCGCCAAUCGCUAUGUGAACGGAGGCUACGCCAUCGCCAUGGCUCUACCCAGCCCAGCUGCCACCACGACGAGUCCAACUGGCACCGAAUCCGCCACAGACGAUGCCCAAAAUAGCGACGGCUCUUCAUCUUCCGAGAGCUGCAUGUGGCCCAACGCGUUACAGUACUCCUUGCUACAGACCGUGGUGGAGGCUUGCCAGAAGAAGAAGCACUGCAAGUUCCACGGCUCCCCGCAGUUCUAUGGCCUGGGCGCCAGCGGAGUGGGCGACUCAUCCGGCACCAGCAGCUACCACAGCAGCACGGCCAGCAGCUCGAAUGCAAUCAGCAACGAUCCUUGUCCCAAGAGUCGCAAAAUCGUCGAAGUCGCCUACAAAUGUCGUCCAUAUGAGUUCCGCAGCAAGGUAGCUUGCCAUAAUGAUGUCGCCCAGCUGGAGUGCAACCCGUACUCAAGGAUUGCCGUCUACAGUGCCAGCUUUGGCCGCACCGAGUACGAGAGCAUUCAAUGUCCCCAGCCCCAAGGAGUGCGCGAGGAGACGUGCCUGGCAUCGUUUGCCACCGAGACUGUGAUGCAAAUUUGCCAUGGGAGAAGGCGCUGCAACCUGGCAGCGGAUGCGAAUACCUUUGGCACACCCUGCCAGCCCAACUCACGAAUGUAUCUGAAGGUUGUUUACACAUGCGUGCCCAAGCAAGUGCUGAAGGAGAGCAACGACUCGGAGGUGGAGGCCGAUGAGACGGAGGACUUUGAGGGUGACAUCAACGACCUGUAUGACGACGAGCUCAUCUACAAGGAGUCCGAGGCCAUACCCAAGCUGUACAGCAACACGACGAAAACGGCGCAGGGUAAUGGAACCAGCAGCGGCAUCAAUGGCACCAGGCUCCAGGGUAGCUCAAAUCCAGAUGGCAUUCAGAGCGUGACAAACGGCUCACUGGAUGCAGAUACCGAUGGCAGUGGCGUCAAUCCCGUGAUGACACACAGCGCCGACCUAAGCCUGGAGGACGACCAGCAGCGCCUCUAUUUGUAUCUGUUAAUCAUUGGAUCCCUGGGCGUGCUCUGCUCCAUUGUCAUUGUGGCCACUCGCCUCGUCCUCCAGCGGCGUCGCAUGGCCAGUGACACUCACUCCAACUCCUCCAAGGGCGGCACAGGCGGCAUGGUGGAUGAGACGACCAUCCCGAGUGGGUUUAACGACACCAUCUCGGAGAUUGAUGCGGACAUUGAUCUGACCACCUCAAUACCUGUGCCCAGUGUAUCCAAGAACGAGGUGAGUAUGCCCGCCGUGUUCCAUCUUCCCCAGCUGUCACCUAAACAACAACAUCAACUGCAACCGCAGAACUACAUCACCUACGCACCAGCUGGUAGUCUCUACGCCAGCCUUUCGCCCAGUCAACUGUCCACGGUUCAAGGCUCAGGAGCUACGCCUGGCUUGAUUCCCAACUCGUUGCUUGUGGGUGCCAGACAAUCGCCGGAUCUAAUCGGCAUUGCGCCGAACUCGUAUGUAGCCACCAGCAGCGCGGGCAGCUUACCUCCUGGUCAAGCGACCAUCCUAGCACCAGCCAUUGUCAUUGGCGCCAACGGUCCAGGCGUUCCUUUGCCCGGCAGCAGCGGCAUGAACACCAUGGUGCCCCUCACCUCGCUGACUCAGUACACAACGGCGCCCACAAUCCGCGGUGGCUAUCUCAUAAAUGCCGAGAGCGUCGGCGUGCUCCAGCGACCCAGCAACACACCAACGCCGCCCUCCUCUCUGGCCAGCGGUUCGCCCGCACAUCCCUCGGCUCAGCAGGCGUCCACAACAUCGCCGCUGGCCAUGGCACCGCUGAGUCACGUGGCAGUUCCAGGCACCUCAACGCUGCGUCGCACUAAGCCCGCCGCGGCAGUCAUGCUGCAGCCACAGCUGUCGUAUGAUGGUACGGCUCCACGCACUCUGUCGACUGGCCUCUCGGUCGGUUCGCAGUUCUACUACGGAUGACCCAGCUCGGUGGACUGCGAGCCUCACGUCUACACCACGGCCAUCAGCGUACCCGCCCCGCAAAUGCAGAACUGCGAUGCCGAGGCGGGAGUCCAGGUGCCCAGACCCUAGCUGGAGGCGAGAGCGGGUCACACAUUCAGCACAGAAGACAAUACAAAUCAACUGGGGAAUAGUCUGAGUCCCAAAAAGCAGUCAGAGCCACAGCAAGCAGGUGUGUAGGGGAGUGAAAUCGAGAACGACGAUGAUGAUGAUGUCUGUUUUUAAAUGUAUAAACAAAUACAUAAAUAAGUAUAAAUGUGUGGACGAGCUUCCUGUAAUUGUAAAUUGUGAAUGCGUGGAGCAGACAGACACAACUUGAACUCUGGAUGGAAGUCUAGUCACUUACUCUCUCUCUAUCUCUGCAUCUCUAGCGACUUUAGGUUAGCACAAUGUUUAGGUUAAGCGCUCGGGGAAAUGUGUUUGUUGUGUGUCUGCGGCGUCGUAUGAAUGAUUUAAGCGAGACAAAUCGCAGGCUAAGUCGAAGUUGAAGGCGAAGGCGGCCACAAGAAUGAAAACAAAUUGCGUCAGGCUCAUUUAAUGUUAUCAAUAAUGUAAAUACACACAUAAACACAAGAACAGAGCGAGAGAGGAAAGAGAAAACUAAUGGGUUGCCAGCGAGCCGAAAUAUGCUUGCGUUGCCUUCAUCAAUUUUCGCAAUAUUUCCAUUUGCCAAAAACAACUCUCGCAAGUGAAUCUUCAUAAUCGUCUACACAUCAAGUAGGCGUGUGUGUGCGUCUGUGUGUGUGUGUACGAGAGUUAUAUAAGGUGCUAAGCCGUAUAAACGCCUCAUGCUGCCGCAUGUUUGUAAACAUGACUGGCUCGUCAUAACUCAGGCGCUGUGUACAACUUGUCGUAUGAGCGAUUUCGCGUGUGUGCAUAAUUCAGUGUGUAUUCGGGAUUAAUGCGCUACAAAUGGAUGAGCGUAAUUAAUAUCCGGCCCGGAACGAAGGUCGCAGGUCGAAAGUCGCAGGCUGCAGGUCACAGAGCGCAGGUCGGCGGAAGGAUCUGGCCAGCCAAAGCUAAUGGAUUGCCACAACAAGCCAAGCUGAGGUAGCUCCAGAGUGAAUGUGUUGUGUAAAUAUGUGUGCAUAUAGUAUGUGUGUGUGGAAAAUGAAACGCUGCAGACAACAGCAAUCUAGGUCAUAGUCUCUAGUCUUGGCAGAUCUACUAAGUGUAUGAAUACUUUUAUGAGUGUGUUUGUCUCUGAGUGUGUACAUAAGUAUGAUGAUGAGUAACGUUUGUAACUCUGUGUUCUGGUCUCUCUUGUGUGUCUGACUUUGUUGAUGUUGACGUUAUUGUUUCGAAUGUCAAGUGCCUUCCUGAUUAGCAUUUAAGUGUGUGUACUUCUGUAGUAAUGAAUAAGUUGCAAUUGCAAUUGCAUUUGGAGUGAGUUGCACGAAUCACAAAACUGUACAGAAUAGCCAAAAAUACUACGAACAAACUAGACAGUCCUUACCCAAAUUAGUCAGAAUGUAAAUAUAGCAAACAAAAGAAUAAUGAAAUACUUCCAGCAACAUAGAAAACAGAACUUUACUAACUAGCAAAUAGCUUGAUUGGAUAGACUGGAGUGGAGCAGCGACUCAAUUAAUAUAUAACAAUUAAAGCAUGUUCACAAUAGAGAAAAGUUAUUAAUUAAAUGUAAAUAAAAUAUGCGUGUUGCGCUCAAAAAAAGAAAAAAUCGACAAAAAAAUUUAAACAAAAGAAAUAUGAUAUAGAUAAAGGAGACAAAGAGCUCAACUAAAUGCAUUAUGAAUCAGACGUAAGCACUGGCAAAAUGAGAGAGUGCGUUAGUGAAUGGAAGUGGAAAAUGUAAAAUUCAAAUGCAAAAUGGAAAACUAUUCGUAAAUGAAAUCAUUAAAAAUACAUACAGGCGCAUUAAUUAAAGACCCAAACGCAUUAUGCGAUACUAAAUGCAACACUACGUAUGAGUAACGAAUACGCGUAAUGCAAAAAUGUUGAAUAAAUAAUAUUGUAACAGGGUUGGGGAAAAAAACGUGUAUGUGUUGAUGGAAAUCAAAGCGUAGCAUUAAGUUUAAAACUUUCAACUAAAUCUGUGAAUAUUAUUUCGAUUAUAGUUUUUCCACUUAUGUAUUCGCACCUUUUGUACGUUUCAUUUUGAAUAAAUUACUAGUUAAUAAAUACAAAUAAAAUACAACUAACUGAAAAAAUUCAAAUUACUAGCAUCAGUGAUUUCAUUCAUUACGUUCGGUUGAGCUUUUUUUCCAUUUUACAGCUUGGGGGGCAUAAACAGAGAUUAGCCCUUGGCCUAUUGAACGCAUUAAGGAACUUAAUCUGCCUCGAUGUUUGGCCUCGUUUAUUGCCCUUGGCCGGAUAAUCGCACUAACUACGACCGCAUCUCUGACUACGACUCUGACUCUGACUCUGACUCUGAAUGCGCUGCUCUCAUCUAUGAAUCCAUGCGCUAAGCAGGCAAACAGUAUUACAACUAGUUAAUUUAUAUUCGGAUGCGAAUUAACGAAGCGUGAAUGAAAUCAAGUUACAGCUAAGUGAACGCCUUCUCCACAGGCAGAGAGACAGAC